AGCAAGCUCAGCCCCGGAGAGGAGGUUGUUCGCUCCUUAAACCCAUUUCAGUGCUUCUGCCCUCACACUUUAAGGCAAAAGAGCGGCAAUAAAGAGCAGCUGUGGCCACUAGGUACGGAAGAUGGAAGCACUAAGCGGGGAGGAGAGAGGAAUAAAAGAACGAAGGGGCUGAGGAGAAUCUUAUGGGGGCGAACGGCCGCGCCGUUCAGCCGUUAACACCAACACCGCUUUAAAUUUCCCGCCCUCCGCUUACGACGCCCGUGCUGUCGGUUUGCUGCCGCACUUUCGAGGCGCCGCAGAGAGCAGAUGCGCCCGGCGGCCGCGGACUCGCUGCGUCCUCUUUGGGGUCGCUACCGGUCUAUCGCGCCUCCUUUCGUCGGGUCUUGUGUUGGGCUGAUGCCUUUCCCUGCGGCUGAGGCGAAUCUGCCGGCUUCAUCCUACCGCUAGCGCAGUUUGGGCGGUUGUCAGGGAGAAACAAGAUGGCGGCCGCGGCGACGGAGGAGGACACAGAACUGCGGGACCUGCUGGUGCAGACACUGGAGAGCAGCGGGGUGCUUAAUAAGAUUAAGGCAGAGUUGCGAGCUGCUGUUUUUCUGGCUUUAGAAGAACAAGAGAAAGUAGAGAACAAAACACCUCUGGUAAAUGAAAGCUUGAAAAGUUUUUUGGGUACAAAAGAUGGUCGCUUGGUAGCAGGUCUUGUUGCAGAAUUUCUGCGUUUUUUCAAUCUUGAUUUUACAUUGGCUGUUUUUCAGCCUGAAUCAAGCACACUAAAUGGCCUUGAUGGCCGAGAAAACUUAGCCCGAGAUUUGGGAAUUACAGAAGCAGAAGGUACUGUGGGUGGUCCCCUUUUGUUGGAAGUUGUUAAAAAAUGUCAGCAGAAAAAGAUUUCAGGCAGUGGAGAAGUGGCUUCGGUUUUAAGUGACAGCCUGUGUCCCACAUCAAAAUCAUCUGAUGGAAGAUCAAGUACACACCCUAUACCAAAUAAGGCUUCUGAAACCACUCAAAGUGAUAAAAGUGUCUCAUCAGGAGAAGCAAGCAAAAGCAGCAUUCAUUUUCUGCCUAAUGAAACAAAACUAGAUCCUCAACUAGAAAACAAAGACAUAAAUACCAAAGAAAAAAGUGAUCCAGGUGUGGAUGAAGAUGAUGUAGAGGGAGAUUCUUUUUUUGAUGAUCCUAUACCCAAACCGGAAAGAACUUAUGGCUGGAAAACUGAAGCUAAUAAAGCAGGAGGUCUAGCAUCCCUUUCUGAUGCACCGCCUCUAAAAAGUGGGUUAAGCUCCCUGACAGGCGCACCUUCACUAAAGGAGCCAGAUAGUUUGAAUAGAAACUCUGUUUUGAAAGACCUGCGGUUGGCGAAUGCAAAACUCAGUUCGCUAGAAUUAGGAAAUGGAGAUGACGAUGAGUAUGCUGAUGACUUCAACAGUACUAGUCAUCGCUCAGAAAAAAGUGAUAUCAGUAUUGGUGAAGAAAUAGAUGAAAUUUCUGUGGAAACGGAAGAGUCGAAUGCCAGUGAUAAACUUGAAGGCAUCACGCAAGACCUUACCAUUUCUCAGUUAAGUGAUGUUGCAGACUAUCUAGAAGACGUGGCAUAGAGUUGGGCAGCAAAAAUGUUUCAUUGUGCUGGACUAGAAGACUGCUGUGGACUCUUAAUUUCAGACAAUCACUUUUUGCUGAAAUGUCCACUCCCUAUUUGUGCCUUGUGUUUCAAAAAGACUGUAGCUGGAGAAGGCUUUUAAAUAUUCUUAACAAGAACUAAAAGAAAUAGUGUGUUCCCAUUUGAGUCUAAUGUUGGAAUUAUUUUCCUCAUUUGGUCCAGCUAAACCUUUUACAGCAGGAAGUAGAUUUUCGAAGCAAAAUGUCCAUUGCUGGCAGUGGGCAUAAUAAAAAAAAAAAACCAAUUAAUAGAGAGCAUCUACAGAGAGGCUUGUGGCUCUGUAUUGAACUUGCACUGUUACUGUAACAGUCUGAUAUUUUUUUUUUAAAGAUAACCAAAGCAAGAACUUUCAGAGGUAGUGGUUCACCUCACACUUCUCUUGAGACAGUUUUGUCAAGCAUGUAGUACAUCUUUAUAGUCACUCUAGCCACAAUACCUAAUUGCUCCAGACUUACUUGAAACUGCUGUUUUCAGACUCUUCUGAAAGUUGGACUUUUUUUUUUUUAAAAAAAAAAGGCCUAUCAAGUUGAGGGUAUCUAAGCUCUCAAAGAUAUCGCUAAAUUUAGGAGCUAAAUUUAGCACUAGUCUCAAGUCCAAAUAUUCUUGUUUAAAUAUGUUUGUCAGACUGAUGUGAAGACCUAAGCUGUUUUUUGUGUGUGAUAGUUUCAUCAACGUUAUCUGUUGUUGAAUCACUAAAAGUAAUUUUGUAACAAUCCACAAAUCAUUAACUAAAUCUUAUUGUUUUUUGAUAAUUUAACAGUAUGGUAAUGGUUUGUGGAGCUUUUAUUAUCGAGGGCUCUUCAUGUGCUGUAAAAUCACUUUCAUUCUGGAAAAUCCUUGUUACAUAAAAAUGAGCACCAAAAAGUGAAGCCACUAACCUUCUGUUCUUCAGAUUCUGACUGCUGUACAGAAUUAAAUCCAAAUAUUUAAAAAUACCACACCGAAGACAUUAUGGACACUAAGUUCUAGCUAAGAGCAAAUUCUGGUGAUUUCAAUUACACUUUUGCAGAACAGGGUCAGUAAUGGAAUCAUUGUCAGUUCUUUAGUGAUACUGUUGUACAUGGCGCUGCUAUAAGAUAUAGGUCAUGGACAUUUGUAAUACUGAAACAAGACUUAAAAAUGUGCACUUUUUGAACAUUGUGAACACAUUUGGAAAAUAUACAUGUAAGUGAAUAUAAAUAACUUAAUUUUUUUUUAGGCUUUGUAAUUUUUAUCUGGAACGCUGUUGGCCUCUCAUCAAUGGUCAUCACAGUGGAAGUAGCAUGCUAGACUAAAGCCAUUGAUUAAGCAUAUAGAGCUGCUACUAGUGUUGGAUGCUAACUUAAAUCUCCUUUUGCACUGCACCAGCAGGCAUGGUAAAGUGCUGCAAAAUUAGGCUUGUACAGUACAUAAAUAAUGUGAGAGAAGAGGGGGAAACUGUGCCUUUAACUUAUGUGCACCCCAAAAUAGCCAGCAGAAAAAAAAUCAGAAUAUUUAGCAAUGGUGUUGAGUACUUUGUGCCAUACUGUAGCGACUAAAGACAGAGGAGAAUUUCUUUUUAUCCCCCCCAAAAAAAAAAUCCAUGUGCCAUAGACUUCAAAUAGCAACGAUCAUGUAAUGUAUGAUACAUCCUGUGUAGGGAAAAAAAAAUCCUUUAAGUGUGGGGGAACCUGUGCCUCAAGAUACUAUGUAUGAAAGUUUGAACGUUUUUUUUUAAGAGCAACACCAUGUAUGAAGGAAAUAAAGUUCCACUUGAAUUCCUGGGAACAAUUGAUUUCUGGCAUUCAUUUUUAGGGAGUAUGGAAUAAUGUAGAGAGUGUGGUGUUUGCUUUUUUACAUGUCUUAGGAAAACAUGAUGUUCUGUUACUGGUAGGAUAUGUGGAAAUUUAUCAUACCAAAAGAAGCAAAAACUUUAUUAAAUUAUUUUUAAUUGCAUUUGAAGAUGUGGCCUUUUAAAUACCUAAUUACAUAUUUUGUUUGUUAACAUGACUCUUGUUAACAGCAAAGUGUUGUUCUCUUACCUUGGGGGUUAAUUGGAGACCUCACAGUUUGGCUCUAAUUUAAGAAAAAGCCAAAAAGUGAUAAGUUUCCAUGUUGUUCCUCCUGUGGGCUCUUACUGAAUUGUGUAUAAUAAUUCAAAUUGCAAAAUAAAGCUCCUGUGCUGGCUAAA